UUGGGUUCAGGGAUUCUCAAACAAGAACUUUGGCUUUGUCAACAAUCAAACUGUCUGCUACCCUUGUGGCAAUUACAUCCUCUUCCUGGACAUUGAAACAAAGAAGACGACAGCGCUGCAGUGUCAGACUGGCCAGGUGGGAGCCUUCGCAGCGAAUGGAAACAGUCACGUGUUGGCCUUUUCGGACCGGAGGCUGAAUCCCAUCAUAUAUAUCUACAAUUUUCCAGAACUCACUAAACUGACAGAAUUAAAAGGUAAUGCUCAGCUGGACUACACCUUGCUUGCAUUGAGUUUCACAGGUCCAUACCUAGCCAGUUACUCUUCCAUCCCAGAAUUUAUUCUUUCAAUAUGGAACUGGCAAGAAAAUCUCCUGCUGUGCAGCAAGUCUCAGCCAGGGGUGACAGUGACAUCUAUGAGUUUUAACCCUAUGAAUUGGCAACAACUCUGUCUUGUUGAUGAGACCAAUGUUACUGUCUGGCAUAUUGAAAGGAAUAAUGAUGAGCAUCACCUGCAGCAAAACCCUGUGGAACUCCCUGAUGCACAAGGGUCUGUGAGUCAUCAUACAGAUUUGUUUUUCCCCAUUUCUUAUGAUGAAGACCCAUACUAUGGCCCUCUUUUGCCAGUUUCAGCCAUUGCUGGACUGGAAGGAGAUGAAGCAGAAACAUUCAUGCCUAGAAAUUGUAUUAAGCCUUUGCUGCAUCCAACUGCCCACUGCUGGUCUGCAACCUCUGAAAUUUACAUGGGCUGCAAAGAAGGAUAUGUUUUGGCAAUUGAUGCUGAGACAUGCGGUGUUUCUGUUCUUGAACAAGAACCUCUGCCUGACCACCUGCGUAAAAUGUUGGACGUGGUAUCUUAUGUUCACAAAGAAGUACAGAGAAAGAAAGGUGAUAUACCAAAGGAUCUGCAAAAACCAGUUUUAUUUGGCAUGGCAUUUUGUAACGAGGGACUGUAUGCUGCUGGAAGCGGGACACUCUACACUUACAAACCUGCCCACAGUGGAGAAGCUGUCAAACUCCUGGACACAUGCAGAAGUUGUUUUCUGGCAGCUGAUUUUCUUAUGGGGAACAAGUACUGUGUGUCUGUAACAAUAUCAGGUGAAGUACAAGUUUGGUUCCUGAAAGAUGGAACUGGCCUCAGCAAGCUAAACCUUGAUGUUCAGGCAACUGCUAUGGCUUGCUGUCCCUCCUCCAACAGUGUUGCUGUAGGGACCAAAAGAGGUCAAAUCUAUUUCCUUGAUGUUUCGGAAGCUGAAGCUCCACGGGUUGUUCACAGAAUUUUUGUUUCUGAAUUUCCAGUGCUGUCUUUACAUUAUGAUCAGAGUGGCCAGUUCCUCAUUGCUAGAGCUACACAAGGACACAUCUUUAUUCUAGAUGCCCGGCCUUCAAAAUUAUUCCAAGUUCUUGGAUACGUAGAGUUGGCAGGUGAAGUGCUGGAUCUUUCUGUAGUUUCUGACUUCAAGAAUGACUUAGUUGAAGUGGUGGUACUUCUUAAUGUAACAGUGGUCCAGCGAGCAAGACUGGAAACUUUUUGUCUAUCUUCAGCACUCGCAACAGAUAAUGAUAAGUAUGUUAAUGCACAUGGAAUGUUUGAUGCUAGUGCCAUUAAAAUGAAGCAAUAUGAUCUGGAUUACUCUUUGAGCUCAGCAGUCAAGUUGAAGGAUAACACUGUGUAUGGCUACUGUACCUGUGCACCUUUCAUCUGUAAAUACCAUCUCUCUGAAGAGAAUAUGUCAGAAGAUUCAUCAGUGUUUCUAUCAGAAAAGAGGACUCCUGGCAAUCAGCUGGGAUCAGGCUUCCUCUGUUUAUCACCCAACAGCCGGUGGCUGGCAUCAGCAGCAAAGGAUGGUGUUUUGCUCAUCUAUGAUACUUUUACUAUGGAUAUACUUGCUCAAAAGCAUUGUCACUCACAUCAAGGAGGGGGAAUCAGAUCCGUGGUGUUUUCGCUGGAUGGCAAAUUCAUCCUCGUUAAUGGCAAAAAUGAUGGUGCCCUGGUGUGUCUGAAAUGGAAGAAGUUAAAGAAAACUGAAGCUAAGGAAGCUGCUUCUCACUGGAAAUCUCUUCUGGCUAUACUGAAUAAGUCUACUUCAAAUGAAAAUGCUUUUUUAAAAUCUAUGGCAGCAUGGCAGUUUGACCCAGAAUCCAAAUUAGGAUCACUUCCAGAAGAGAAAGUUAAGGAGGCACCACUUAAAUCUUCCAAUGUAGAGGUGACACAAGAAGAUGGAAACAUCACCACUUUGUAUUCAGCUGGAACCAAUGACAUGACAUGGAUAGGUCAGAAAAUAAAGAAGGUUAUGAAAGAAGAGACUCAGAGGUUUGGUAACCAGAAGAAAGAGCUGGAAAUGGAAGUACAAAAGCUGCGUGAAACUAUUCAGAAAAUGAUGCUUGAAAAUGAACAGGUGCCAGACAUUGAGAAACUAGAGCCACAGGAGUUCAACCUGGAUAUAGAAGAACAGGAGAAAGCUCAAGCAGAGGCUGAACAAAAAGUGGCCAUGACAAGGAAAGAGAUUGAGAUGGAGAAUUUAGCCAACUGCUAUGUGCAGGAUGUCAUCAAACGUGAGUGCUGGGAUGCUAUGUGUGUAAAAGGACGUGCAGUUAAGAGCUUCCAUAUGGCUCAUGAAGUGAAGAAUUAUCCAUUGAAGAAACGUAGUAAAGAAGAGCUGGAAACACUGGAGAAAGUUCUCCGGUUAAAGAAGAUUGAGACAGCUGAUGUUAAGGGAGAAGGAGAGAAGGCAGAAGUAACGGCUGAUGAUAGUGCAUCUUGCUGCCUGAUUGGAAGUCUGAGCUCUCAGUAUGGUGGAGACACAUCUAUUCUAUACAGCCAAUGGGACUUGCACACCAGGGAGCAGAAAGUCAACCAGAUAGUAUUGCUGAAGGACAUCAUUUACCACUUGAAAACUGCUUUUAAUAAGGAAUUUGACAAAGUUGCACGACAAAAGGAGCAGGACAUAGCACGAGUGAAAGAAAGAAACCUGAGGAUCCAUGAAAUCUUGGCACAGCUUGAACUCCAAGUGGAAGUGUGGGAGCCAGCCCUUACAGAUGAUGAGGUGCCAGAGCGAGCACUCACUGUUCAGGAUUCAGAGAUUAAAGCUGAAAAAUACUUGACUCAAGAAGAAAGAGAGAAAGCAGAAAUGCUGGCUAAGCUUGAAAUGGAAAGACAACUUGCAGCUACGGUACUUAAAGACAAUGAGAGACUGCGUGCUCUUGAUGACAUGAUGGGUGGAGUGCUAGAAGUCAGAAAGGAAGACAUCUUGAAAAUGGAUAUUCCUUCACCUGCUUUUAUAUCCAAACCUGAGCACCUUUGGACUGAUGAAGAAAAGAAAAAAUUCAGGGACUAUGAGAAAAAAGUCAAGGAGCUGAAUGAAGAAAAAGAAAAUUACAGAAUGUCACUGGAAGAUGAAUUGGAGAAGCUUGAAGCUUCCAUACAAGAAACAACACAGAAUUUUGAUGAGGCUGUGCGCAAACUCUCUGAAAAGAAAGUGGAAUUAGAGAUGGUCAUCUGUCAGGAAGAACUCAAAAUAGUCAAUCUUGUUUAUGCUUUAAUGUUGGAUGAAGAGUUGGUCACCAGAGAAACUGGACUUCAUAAUUUCCUUAUGAAAAAGGAGAAAGAAAAAGUCAAGACUGCAAGAACAAUCCAGAUGACAAAAAAUAAAAUCGAGGCUUACAUAGAUAUCUAUGAAAAUGCAGUAGUUGAAGAGAAGAAUGUGGAUUCUAGUUUUACAAGGGAGCUUGCUGACGUACCUGAUGAUUUCCUUGAUGAACUUCUCCAGCUCUACAGGCAGCAACCAAAGACUCCAGUGACAGAAACUGUCCUUGACACAGCUAACCCCUAUGGGAAGUGUUUGGGCUCAGCUGAAGAUAACAAAGAUGCACUUACCCUUUUAAUGAAAGCCAUGGAUGAACUGGAUAGUCCUGAGCACAUGCCUAAUGGCUUAGAUUUGUCGAUAUGGGAACAUUUUUGUCUAACUAGACGAAAUAAAAUGGAGAGUGAGGAGGUGGUGAAAUGGAAGUCCCAAACACUGGCAGAGAUGCAGGCCUUCCUCCAAAGAAGAGUAGAUGACAGUGACAUAAUUGAAUCAGAAAUAGAAGACAUUUUCCAAGAACUCACUUGGCUGCAAGAGGAGAAGAUGAAACUUCAAUUGAAUUUGACUAUCCAGUUUUUGCUAAAGCAAGGACAGGUAGAACUGGAAAACACAGAGAUCCCAGAAUACAGUGAUGCCAUUCUCAUUCAUAAGAGCGUUAUUGAAGAACUGAAUCGCAGCAUCACGGCUCAAGGAGAAAAAAAAAUUGCUAGCAUGGUGGAAUAUAAAGACUUCUCUAAAGGGAUAUAUCAGCUGGAAUGGGAACACAGGAAAAUGAGAAUGCAGAUAGAAGAUCUUCAACAGAAGGCUCGGGAUAUUGUAACACUAAUUAUUUCCAGAGAUCGCCAGCGACUCCUAACUGUGCCAAACUACAACCGCAACGUUGCCCACCACAUUUCAGUGAUGGAGCAGACUCUUGGCAUCAUGGAUGAGCUGCACAAGAAGAAUGUGAAGAACCGCCAGAAAAAAAUUAAAGAGUUGGAGAAGUGCAUCAGUUUAAAAGAGCAAGAAAACUAUGAGCUCAGCCUGGAGCUGAAAGAAAUGCUGGUCUCUACUUCAGAAAGGAGGCAUAUCUUUGAGGCAGCUGACACACAGCAUAUUUCUAAAAAGGUUGCAAGGCAGCGCUACCGAGAGAUUUUGAAGCAGAAACACCUACGGGGGCUGAUAAAGGAAGAGAAAGAACAGUUUGAAAUUCUUCAGGCACAAGUUGAAAGACUGCGAUCAAGACCAUUCCCUAUUCUUUAA